AUGGAAUUCAAGUUCAAAACCCUCCUUGUACUAUUACUAAUGCAACUUCUUGGAAGUGUGAGAGCCAUUGGAAAAGGAAGUUUCACCAUAGGGAGAGAAGGGACAUGGCAGCUUCUCUCAAGGAACACAGGCGUGGUAGCCAUGCAUAUGGCCUUAACCCAUCAUAACACAGUCAUCAUAUUCGACCAGACCGAAGCUGGCAGGUCCAAUUACCUCCUACACCGGCGACGUUGCCUAACCUCCAGGUCUUCCAACCCUAAAGGCCUCAUCCAUGACUCCUCCUGCUGGGCCCACUCCGUUGAGUACGAUAUCUCCCACAAUUCCCUUCAACCUCUAGAACUCGAAACCGACACUUGGUGCUCCUCCGGUGCUUUCUUGAGCAAUGGAACCCUUCUCCAAACUGGCGGCCACGGUAACGGUUACCGGAGAAUCCGACACUUCAAGUCUUGCUCCGACGACCGCCGAAGGAGGAGGAGCAGCAGCUGCGGGUGGAGGCUGUCCAGGGCUUUGUUGAAGGACAACAGGUGGUUUGCUUCAAAUCAGAUACUACCCAAUAAGGAUCAAACCAUUGUGGUUGGAGGCAAAGGUGCCUUCACCUACGAGUUCGUACCCAAAUCCAAAUCGUCUCCUAAGUCUUUCGUUCUUCCUUUCCUACACCAGACUAACGAAGAGAACGGAGGAGGGAACAAUCUGUAUCCUUUCCUUCACUUAUCCUCAGAUGGGAAUCUCUUCAUCUUCGCCAACAGAGAUUCCAUUCUCUUCAACUACAGGAGGAAUAGGGUUAUGAAGACCUUCCCUAGGAUGCCUGGUGAAGGGUCCAGGAACUACCCUAGCUCGGGUUCCUCAGUUCUUCUCCCUCUCGACCACAGCAACAGGUUCUCCAAGCUCGAAGUCAUGGUAUGUGGCGGUGCAGCUUCAGGGGCUUACAGGGCUGCCUUGGAAGGACACUAUAUAGAGGCAUUGAAGUCUUGUGGAAGAAUGGUGAUCACAGGGCACAAACACGAGUGGGUGAUGGAAGAGAUGCCAGGCCCACGUGUCAUGAGUGAUAUGCUGAUUCUCCCCACUGGCCAUAUCUUGGUCAUCAACGGUGCAACACAUGGCUGCGCAGGAAGACACAAUGCUACAAGGCCAGCCUUGGAACCUUACCUCUACAAUCCAAAGAAACCACUGGGAAGACGGUUCAGGGUCCUCCCAUCGUCAAAGAUACCCAGAAUGUAUCACUCCUCGGCAGUUCUUCUCCCCGACGGGAGAAUCUUAGUCGCCGGAGGAAACCCCAACGAGGGAUACACCUCUAGAAACGUGGCUUUCCCUACUGAACUGAGGUUACAAGCGUUCAUACCUCACUAUAUGGAUCAUUCCUUCCACCAUAUAAGGCCGAGAAACGUUUCGGUAAACUACGGUAACCACAGCGGUGACGGUGCAAAGUACGGGGAAGAAUUUAGUGUACGGUUCAGGCUCCAUGGGAGAACGGAGAGGGACUUGAAGGACUUGAAGUUUAGUGUUUCUGCACCACCGUUCACGACCCAUGGGUUCUCGAUGAAUCAAAGGAUGCUAAGGCUGUGGUGCAAGAGAGUGGAGGAAGAAAAAGAUGGUUGGGUUAGAGCAGUUGUUGAGGCUCCUCCGUCACCCAACGUUGCACCCUCUGGUUAUUAUCUUCUCACUGUUGUUAAUGGUGAUAUCCCAAGUGUAUCAGAGUGGGUUAGGUUUAUACAUGCCGAGUAGGGCUCUCUUAUAGGGUCUUACGUAUCUUUUCUUAUUAGCUCUGCAUUCCACGUAUUGAUGGCUGCGAGGAAAAAAAUCGUCUGUUUUUUUU